AUGGCCGAAGAAAUUCAGCAUUGUAACAGCCACAGGCAUCCACUGACCCUAAAGGAGAAUUAUCAUCCAAAUGGCGAUUUCGUCUGUCGUCACUGCAAUAAAGCCAUCCUAUGUAAAUCCUCUGUUUACACCUGUGAGUUCAACACUGAUGAAACUACUAUCAAUGCUAAAGAAAAAGAUGCAGAUUGUGCUCGUUUGUUUGUCCACAAAACCUGUACAGACUUAUCCAUCAGAUUUAUGCACCCAAGUCACGAACAUAUUCUUACGACUAAUCCAGUACACAUUUGGAUUCAGGGGAACAAGUGUAAUGUUUGCUCCACGGCUAUAGGUCACUACCCAUUCUUUUACUGUUGUACUGAAAAAUGCGAAUUCAGGCUCUGCCUCAGAUGCGCGGUUACACCUUCCCAAGAAGAAAGGAAAAUUCGACAUUGGAGUCACCAACACCAACUACGCGUAGUGGAGAGAUGUGCCACAUUUGAGUGUGAUGCUUGUAACAAGGUGGCCACAGAUUCUUCUUAUAUGUGUGACAUAUGUCCAUUUUGGAUCCAUAAAAGCUGUGGUAGUUUACCACGGCUUAAUAUAUUAGUUCAUCAUAAACAUCCUCUUUGGCUAUCUGAUUCUCUGCCAGAUAUUUACCGUCAAUCCCAACAGUUCUGCAAAAUUUGCAAGGUAGAAGUGGAUCCAAGCCACUGGCUCUUCUAUUGUGCUAACUGCAGGUUUUUUGCACAUAUCCAGUGUGCUUUAUCAAAGACUCCAGUUUUGAGAGACGAAGGUGCUAAUGAUGAUGCAAAGCUAAUGACCGUCCCAGCAGCUGAUGAGCCGUCACUGAAUUGCAUGAAGCAAAAAUGUAUCAAGGAUAUGAUUUCUCUCUCAGUGGAUAUCUCAGUGUCCCCACCAAUUCUUAUCAAUCAUUGGGCUCAUGAGCAUCCACUGGCACUCGAACACAAAAGUGCUUCUGUUAUUACUAUGGAUGAUUCAAACCAAGAAUCAUCAUCAGUUGGACCGAUCCUAUGUGACGGUUGCACAAAACCUAUCUCAUCCUCUUCGGACGAUGCCAAUGUGUUAUAUAAAUGCAAUCAGUGCAGUUAUGCUCUCCACAGAUAUUGUGCACUGAUUCCUCAGGAGAUGAAUCAUUCCAAGUUGGGCAAGUUGAAGGUUAAAGUACCAAAUUACAUGGCCAAUAAAGAAAUUCAGCAUUGUAACAGCCACAGGCAUGCACUGACCCUAAAGGAGAAUUAUCAUCCAAAUGGCGAUUUCGUCUGUCUUCACUGCAAUAAAGCCAUCCUAUGUAAAUCCUCUGUUUACACCUGUGAGUUCAACACUGAUGAAACUACUAUCAAUGCUAAAGAAAAAGAUGCAGAUUGUGCUCGUUGUUUUUUCCACAAAAACUGUACAGACUUAUCCAUCAGAUUUAUGCACCCAAGUCACGAACAUAAUCUUACUACUAAUCCACUACACUUUGGUAUUGAGUGGGACAAGUGUAAUGUUUGCUCCACGGCUAUAGGUCACUACUCAUUCUUUUACUGUUGUACUGAAAAAUGCGAGUUCAAGCUCUGCCUCAGAUGCGCGGUUACACCUUCCCAAGAAGAAAGGAAAAUUCGACACUGGAGUCACCCACACCAACUACGCGUAGUGGAGAGAUGUGCCACAUUUGAGUGUGAUGCUUGUAACAAGGUGGCCACAGAUUCUUCUUAUAUGUGCGACAUAUGUCCAUUUUGGAUCCAUAAAACCUGUGGUAGUUUACCACGGCUUAAUAUAUUAGUUCAUCAUAAACAUCCUCUUUGGCUAUCUGAUUCUCUGCCAGAUAUUUACUGUCAAUUCCAACAGUUCUGCAAAAUCUGCAAGGUAGAAGUGGAUCCAAGCCACUGGCUCUUCUAUUGUGCUAACUGCAGGUUCUUUGCACAUAUCCACUGUGCUUUAUCAAAGACUCCAGUUUUGAGACACGAAGGUGCUGAUGAUGAUGCAGAGCUAAUGCACGUCCCAGCAGAUGAUGAGCAGUCACUGAAUUACAUGAAGCAAAAAUGUAUCAAGGAUAUGAUUUCUCUCUCAGUGAAUAUCUCGGUGUCCCCACCAAUUCUUAUCAAUCAUUGGGAUCAUGACCAUCCACUGGCACUCGAACACAAAAGUGCUUCUGCUAUUACUAUGGAUGAUUCAAACCAAGAAUCAGUUGGACCGAUCCUAUGUGACGGUUGCACAAAACCUAUCUCAUCCUCUUCGGACGAUGCCAAUGUGUUAUAUAAAUGCAAUCAGUGCAGUUAUGCUCUCCACAGAUAUUGUGCACUGAUUCCUCAGGAGAUGAAUCAUUCCAAGUUGGGCAAGUUGAAGGUACAUAAAAGGCGUGCCUUGAGCAAUAUACUAGAAUGUUGCGAGAAUUGCUACGUUCUUAGCAACGGCUUCACGUUUAGACCAGAAGGCGAGAGCUACGACUACGAUGUCGGGUGCGUAUCUCUACCAGAAAAAAUCAAACAUAUAACGCAUCAUCACCCCCUUAAACAACGUAGUUCUGGAGGUGGAGCAGUUUGUAAGGCAUGUUCUUCUGAAUGUUGGGGUUGGUCGAUUAUCGUGUAUGGGUGUGAAAUUUGUGAUUUCAAUUUACAUUCGUCCUGUGCUCUGAAGCCACGUACAGUUCCACAUAGAUGGGAUCCUCACCCACUCCGUUUAAUUCUUUCGAUUGAGGACGACGUAGAAGACCAUCCCCAGGAUUUCGAAUGUGAAUUUUGCUCACAAGUAAUCGACACAAACACUUGGUUCUAUCACUGCAAUAUCUGUGAUCUAUCUUUUCACAUGCUCUGCAUAGAUCCUUAUUUUCUUUAUGCAAACGUUAAGUUUGGGGCUAUGGGUAUUAAGAAGGAGGAUCGCAAAGAGACCUUGGUCCUAGACAAUGAGGGGCUGCCGGCAUUAGAAACAAGGAGCGGCCGCUCGUGGAAGCUGCGGGAUUGA